GCCUCUGUAGCUUUCUGUUGCGUUUCUGCAGAGGUGUCGGUGAGCAACCACAGCAUCCUGGCUCGGUUCUGUAAGGACCACCACGUCGGUUUGGUCGUAGUCGGACCCGAGGCGCCGCUGGCAGCAGGUAUGGUGGACGAUCUGACGGCGGCGGUCAUUUUGUGUUUUGGACCGUCGGCUGCGGCGGCUCGGUUGGAGUCCAGUAAGAGUUUCGCAAAGGCGUUCAUGGAGCGUCACGGCGUUCCCACGGCUCGCUACGGCUCCUUCAGCGACCCGCAGGACGCCUGCAGCUUCAUCCGCGGCGCCGACUUUCAGGCUCUGGUGGUGAAGGCCGGUGGGCUGGCGGCGGGAAAGGGAGUCAUCGUCGCCGGGGAUCGGGACGAAGCCUGCCGGGCCGUCGUGGAGAUCGUGAAGGACGGAGCCUUUGGGUCAGCAGGAACAACGGUUGUUAUUGAGGAGCUUUUGGAGGGACAGGAAGUGUCUUGUCUGUGCUUCAGCGACGGUACCUGGGUCUCUCCGAUGCCACCGGCUCAGGACCACAAGCGACUCCAGGACGGAGACGCGGGGCCCCUCACGGGCGGGAUGGGGGCCUACUGCCCCACCCCACAGGUGAGCGAAGAGCUGCUGCAGCAGAUCAGAGAGUCGAUCCUGCAGAAGACUGUGGAUGGGAUGAGGCGGGAAGGAACUCCUUAUAUGGGCGUUCUGUACGCGGGCCUCAUGCUGACCAAUCGGGGGCCUAAAGUUCUGGAGUUCAACUGUCGCUUUGGCGACCCAGAAUGCCAGGUUCUGCUUCCUCUGCUGCAGAGCGUCAUCAUGAACACCGUAAGCGGGAUCCUGGCCUCCAACGUCCCCGUGUGGCAGCAGGGCAGCUCUGCCGUGGUGAUGGCCAGCGCAGGAUACCCGGGUUCCUACGUGAAAGGGGUCGAGAUCACAGGUCUGACCCGGCUGCAGGAGGCCGGGCUCCAGGCGUUCCACGCCGGCACCGCCCUGAAGGACGACCGGGUGGUGUCGAGUGGCGGCAGAGUGCUGGCCGUGACGGCGGCUGUUGGAUUCCCGGGCGCCGUGUACCGGCGAGACAUCGGCCACUGGGCCAUCGCUCACCAGAACCAGAACCGCGGGCGUCUGACCUACAAGGACAGCGGAGUGGACAUCGCUGCUGGGAACCAGCUGGUGGACAUCAUCAAGCCUCUGGCCAGAUCCACGACCCGACCCGGCUGCGAUGCAGAGCUGGGAGGUUUUGCUGGACUGUUUGACCUGAAGGCGGCCGGGUUUGUUGACCCGAUCCUGGUUUCUGGGACAGACGGUGUUGGAACUAAGCUGAAGAUCGCCCAGGCCUGUGGCCGUCAUGGCGGUCUGGGUCAGGACUUGGUUGCCAUGUGUGUGAACGAUGUUUUGGCUCACGGCGCCGAGCCGCUCUUCUUCCUGGACUACUUCUCUUGCGGCAGUCUGGAUGUAGAAGUUGCCGCCUCCAUCGGCGGCGGCGUCGCCAAGGCGUGUGAGGCGGCCGGCUGCGCCCUGCUGGGUAAAAACCGACCUGAUGCAGCCAGUCUGUCAACCACACGGACUUCAUGAUGAUUCUGAACCAUCUGACAGGCGGUGCAGAGCCUAAGCUGAGGAGAGAGACCCAGGGUCACUCACUCGACCCCUAAGCCAGGGGUCGGCAACCAAUGGCUCCGGAGCCACGUGUGGCUCUUUCAUCCUCCUUGUGGCUCCCAGUGACUUUGGGAAAUAGAAUAUCUUAUUAAAAUUAAAUCAUUAAUGAACUAUAAAUUAAACGCAUUUUACAAUACAUUUCUAAAUCUGAAGAUUAUGGUGAACCUGUAACAGUGAACAUCCUAUUUAGGCUGGCUCUGGCUCUAUCUCUCUGCACGCACGGGUCUUGAACCCAGGUUAACUGGGCCACAUGCACAGACUCAAACCACUGUGCCACCGGAGCGCCCAACACAUGCAUCGCUCGAACUUCUACAAAUACUAUGCUACUUCACAUGAGAUCUAAAAACCAUGCAAUGACCUGGACUUGAACCCAGGAUGCACGUGUCCAAAGCACAGACACUAUCCAUUGUGCCAACCAAGCAACUGACAACUAAUGCAUCCAAACUUCUACAAAUACCACUACAUAGGUUUCGCAUAAAAUGUUCUGAUACCGGGUAAUAAGCUGGACUCGAACCCAGGAUGCAUGUGUCCAAAACACAGACACUAUCCAUUGUGCCAACCAAGCAACUGGCAACUAAUGCAUUCAAACUUCUACAAAUACCACUACAUAGGUUUGGCUUACAAAAUUCUGAUACCGGGUAAUAAGCUGGACUCGAACCCGGGACGUAUGUGUCCAAAACACAGACACUAUCCAUUGUGCCAACCAAGCAACUGACAACUGAUCGAUUCGAACUUGUAAUACCGCUACGUAGGCGUUGCUUGGACUUGAAUCCAGGGUCAAUGUUUUUGAAAGCAUAGACACAAACCACAGUUCCAAACCAGCAACCAAUUUGUUACGUAAUUGAACUUGUACAAAUACAACAAGGUAGGGUUUCAUGUAAAAGUUUAACACCAUGCCAGGGCCUCUUCAUGUGUGGAAGACCACAGGAUUUUUAUUCAAUCUCCAUGGGGAUUUCCCAUCACCCAUUGCUUCCUCUAAAAGAAUAUAGCUAUUCUAUUCGUCCGGUGAAUAAAAAUCUAUUUGAGAUGAAGUUUCCUAUUAAAACAAUCAUAUUGAACAUGAGGUAAUUCUUUUCAUUUUUAAUCAAGAAAUUAAUGAAACCUUUAUAAACAUUAGACCACACGCCUUUGAAAACAAUAAAUACUGUAGGAUUAUUUGUUUUU